UUCCCAAACUAGCUGGAAACCAUUCACUCUGAAGUGUCUGCUCUGGGUGAAUCAAAAUGUCCAGUAAUUACCGACUGCUGGUGAAGAACGCCAGACAUGUGGUUCUGAUCUGCAACAAUGGGGAGAAAUACAUGACCAAACACGCAAUGCAAAAUCUGUGUGUGAUUGAAAAUGGGAGCGUAGUCAUAGGAAGUGAUGGGCUGAUUGAAGCUGUGGGGCCUGCAGAAGUCAUCAGAGCACAGUAUUCAGAAGCAUCCUUUGAUAAAGUGAUUGAUGCUACAGGAAUGUGUGUCCUGCCUGGGUUGGUUGACGCCCACACCCAUCCAGUCUGGGCUGGUGACAGGGUGCAUGAGUUUGCAAUGAAGCUGGCGGGCGCCACCUACAUGGACGUGCACCGGGCCGGCGGAGGGAUCCACUUCACGGUGGAGCACACUCGAGCUGCCAGGUCCUCAGAGCUGUUGGCCUGCCUCCGGAGCAGGCUGGCCCGGAUGCAGCGAGCAGGCACCACCCUGGUGGAGUGUAAGAGCGGGUACGGCCUGGAGCUGCAGACUGAGCUCAAGAUGCUGGAGGUGAUCGAGGAGGCCCGACGCACCCUGCCCAUCAACAUCUCCUCAACCUACUGCGGAGCCCACGCAGUGCCCAAAGGGAAGACAGUUGCAGAAGCCACAGAGGACAUCCUGCAGGUUCAGCUGCCCCGGUUGAAAGAGCAGAUGUCUGCUGGGAGUCUCAGAGUCGACAACAUCGACGUGUUCUGUGAGCAGGGAGUGUUUGACCUGAGCUCUACUCGCUCCAUCCUGCAGGCUGGCAAAGACAUGGGCCUCAACAUCAACUUCCACGGAGAUGAGCUUCAUCCCAUGAACUCAGCCCAGCUGGGCGCCGAGCUCGGAGCUUUAGCCAUCAGUCACCUGGAGGAGGUCACAGACGAGGGGAUUGCUGCCAUGGCAACAGCAAGAACCGCUGCCGUCCUUCUGCCGACUACAGCUUACAUCCUUCGGCUGCCCCAGCCUCGGGCCAGAGACAUGUUGGACGCUGGAGUAAUUGUUGCCCUCGGCAGCGACUUCAACCCCAACGCGUACUGCUGCUCCAUGCCGAUAGUCAUGCACCUGGCCUGUGUCAAUAUGAGGAUGUCCAUGCCCGAGGCUUUGGCCGCGGCCACCAUCAACGCAGCUUACGCCCUCGGGCGCUCUCACACACACGGCUCCCUGGAGGUCAACAAACACGGAGACCUGCUGGUCCUCAACGCCACACGAUGGGAGCAUCUGAUCUACCAGCUGGGGGGACAUCAGGAGCUAAUCCGUUACGUUGUCAUUAAAGGCAACGUCGUCUAUGAUAAUGAGAAAACCGUGGACUUAUAACACUGAAACUAACUGCUGAUUAAUUCAGAUUAGAGAAGAGGUCAUUAAUAAUACUGAUGGAUAACUACAACGUGUAUUCAGCUGAGAUUUAAAAAGAAAACACAUUUUUUAAAUGCAUCUAGAAACAGGAAAAGCUCUUUUUACUUCCUGGAGUCUCCCCUGAUUGCCUGGCAACAGAUGUGUUUAGAUCUUACCAAGGAGGAAAACAAACCUAUGCUCAUUCACAAUUUCAGUAAUUGAAAUAUAUUUUUUUUUGUCAUUUUUUAAUCACAUCAUCCAUGACAAACGGGGACUAAUUUA